CUUUUUUGAGAAAAAACUUGAUAAUUCCGAACAUGUGUCAAAGUUGAGAGGAAGGCAAAAGCUGUUAGGGCAAACGGUGAGAACUAAGAAGUAGUUAAAAUUUUUGAAAUGUUAAAAGUCAGAAAUUGAAAUCAGAACAAACCCUAAGAAAGAAAAAUGUCAGAAUUCCCCUAAAUUCUCUCUCUUCAUCGAACAUGCACAACCACCACAGUCGCGAUUCCAAUUCCGACAUCGAUUUCAGCUCCCUCCUCUCCGACCAGCUUCUCCUCCGCGUAUUCUCCAAGCUUCCCAUAUCUCACCACCUCACCACUUCACUCGUCUGCAAGCGUUGGCUGUUUCUUCACGGCCGCUUGGUUCCAUCUCUCAAGCUCCUCGACUGGCGCUUUCUCGAGUCCGGUCGCCUUUUCGCGCGCUUCCCUCUUCUCACCGAAAUCGACACCGUCCCUAGCUCAUGUAUCCUCCGCCACAACGCCCCAAACUCGGGCGUCUUGCUGACCUCUAAACCCUCCUUCUCCUUCUCUCUUCCUAUCCAUGAUGAUGACCUCUCUCCCCUCGACCCCGACAGGAUCCAUCAAGGACUCCAACUGAUCGCCCAAAACUACCCCAAUUUGAGGAGAAUCUCUCUCUUCGGCGCGAGCGAACACGCGCUGGCCACUCUGUCCAGCGCGUGUCGCACAUUGCAGGAGCUGGAGCUCCACUCCUGCGGAGAUUUAUCCUUAAAGGGCGUUUCGGGAUGCGCUAAUCUUCAGGUGAUGAAGCUGACAGCAAGGACGACGGGUGGGCUUUACGCUUCCUCCGUCAUGGUGUCAGACAUCGGGUUAACCAUCCUAGCGCAGAACUGCAAGAGGCUAGUGAAGCUGGAGCUGAGCGGCGGCUGCGAAGGAAGCUACGACGGUGUCAAGGCCAUUGGGGAGUGCUGCCAGAUGCUCGAGGAGUUGACUCUUCAAGACCAUAGGAUGGAUGGCGGUUGGUUGGCUGCUCUCUCUUUCUGCGCCAACCUCAAGACGCUGAAGCUCCGGUCUUGCAGGGCGAUCGAUUCUGAUCCCGGCCUCGACGAGCAUCUCGGUGUCUGUCCUAUGCUCCAGGAGCUGCACUUGGAACGGUGUCACGUGAGGGAUACGAAGAGCGCUAAAUCUUUGUUUCUUGUUUGUGGCCGUGUUAGGGAGAUCGUGCUGCGUAGCUGCUGGGGUCUCCGAGAUGAUUUGUUUGCAUUUGCCUCGGUGUGUAGGAGAGUGAAGCUUCUUUAUCUCGAGCAUUGCUCGUUGCUGACGACGGGAGGUUUAGAAUCGGUGCUUCUUUCGUGGAAGGGUUUAGAAAGACUAACGGUAGUCUCGUGUAGUAAGAUAAAAGACAAGGAAGUUACUCCGGAGCUUGCUUCUCUUUUCUCUGUGCUGAAAGAGCUCAAGUGGAGACCCGAUACGAGAUCUUUGCUGUCGGCUGAUCUUGAGGGUGUCGGAAUGUGGAGAAAAGGCGGUAAGUUUUUCACCGGUUUAAAGGGUUGAAGUGGAGAGGUUCGCACAGGAACAGUGUUGUUAUCUGAACAAUGCAUGGUCUUUCCUCGUUGUAAAUGUUGUAACUCUUCUCGUACGCCUUGGAUUUUGAAGGCAUAAUACGGGUUAACUUGUCUUAGUGUACUCUUUAUACUAGUGUUGAUGGAAACUUAAAAUAAUACGCACACCAAGUGAAUAAAACAUAUCCCUCUUUGGGAUUUUUAGUUC